GCCCAGUUCAGUGGAACAUGCUUCUGUGCUACAGCAUUCAGAAAACUAAGAUAUCUACCUUAUUUACCUUUCUCCACAAGUGAGCAAAUUGCAAGGGGCUGCUGGUGAAAAAUAGCUUUUUUCCAUACAAAAAUCUGAUGAAGAGCCAAGACUUCUGAAAAGACCAGUGCGCUGAUCCACAUCUCCAUCCAUCCCCCAAAGUCUUACUGUUAUGGCAAUGUUGUUCACAUCUGGAUGGCCACUGGCAGUGUUUGUGACCAUUUGCCUUGGGUUACUGAAGUUUACCCAAGCGGGUGCCUACUAUGGGAUCAAGCAGAUGCCUCCCCAAGUGCCACAGUACCAACCCCUUGGACAACAAGUACCUCACAUGCCAUUGGGCAAGGAUGCCCUUCCAAUGCAGCACAUGGUCAAAGAGGGACCACAUCUCCCAUAUGGAAAAGAAUAUGUGCCUCAGUACAUAAAAGAAAUUCCACAGAUACCCAUGCUAGGCAAGGAGAGACCUUCCAAAAAAGAGAAAGCAGAAAUUCCAUUUGCCCAGUUGCGAGGUGAGCGUGGUCCACCUGGAGAGCCAGGACCAAGAGGCCCACCUGGACCUCCAGGAGUACCAGGACAUGGAGUUCCGGGGACCAAAGGCAAACCAGGCCCACAAGGAUACCCAGGGAUUGGCAAGCCGGGCAUGCCUGGAAUGCCAGGGAAAGCAGGAGCAAUGGGGCCUCCUGGACCAAGAGGUGAGAUGGGGCCAAAAGGAGAGAUUGGACCAAUGGGCAUUCCAGGACCCCAAGGACCACCAGGACCUCAUGGAUUACCUGGGAUAGGAAAACCAGGAGAUAGGGGAUUGCCAGGACCACCUGGAGCAAAGGGGGAGCCUGGAAUUAAAGGUCCACCUGGAAUGCAAGCCCCCCCAGGUCCCAAAGGGGAUAAAGGUGUUGGGAUUCCAGGGCUACCAGGGUUAAAAGGGCCUCCUGGUUUGCCUGGUCCUCCAGGUCCUGUUGGACUUCCUGGGAUAGGCAAGCCAGGCAUGAUUGGUUUUCCAGGCCCACAGGGACCUGUAGGUAAACCGGGGCUGCCAGGAGAGCCAGGUCCUCAAGGGUUGGGUGGAGCUCCUGGUAUUCAAGGGCCUCCUGGCCUUCCAGGUAUAGGAAAACCAGGUCAAGAUGGGAUCCCAGGACAGCCAGGCUUUCCAGGUGGAAAAGGUGACCAAGGCUUGCCUGGCUUGCCAGGACCUCCUGGUCUACCUGGGAUUGGGAAGCCAGGCUUCUCUGGGCCUAAAGGGGAGCGUGGCAUGCCUGGUCCUUCAGGGCCAAUUGGGCCCAAAGGUGAAAAAGGCCAUGUGGGACCACCUGGCAUGGGUGGACCACCAGGUGAGCCAGGCCAGCCAGGAUUGCCAGGAUUGAUGGGCCCCUCUGGUGCCAUGGGGUUCCCAGGUCUCAAAGGGGAAGCUGGAGCUAUCGGUCCCAAAGGACCUAUUGGUCCAAAAGGUGAUGUUGGUUUACAAGGCUUCACUGGAAAGCCCGGCUUCCCAGGGGAGGUGGGACCUCCUGGUCUGAGAGGUUUGCCUGGUCCAAUGGGACCUAAAGGGGAAGCUGGUCACAAAGGUUUGCCAGGCCUGUCUGGUGCUCAGGGGCCCAUGGGACCCAAAGGAGAACCUGGAAUUCCAGGAGCCCAAGGUCACCAAGGACCUUCUGGAAUCCCAGGUAUUGCAGGACCGAGUGGCCCCAUUGGACCUCCUGGACUUCCUGGGGCUAAAGGUGAACGGGGCCUACAGGGCCCACCAGGGUUUCCAGGAGUGGGAAAACCUGGCAUUGCUGGCAUACAAGGACCACCUGGAAAGCCUGGAUCAAUUGGUGCUCCUGGCCAGCCAGGCCUACAGGGACCUCCUGGGCCCCCAGGGCCUCCUGGCCCUCCAGCAAUCGUACAACCCACACCGGCAGCCAUGGGACAAUAUUUGCCUGAGAUGGGUCCAGGUGUUGAUGGAGUGAAGACUCCAUAUGGCUACAUGCGGAAGAAGAACAAAUAUGGUGCUGCUGCUUUGGAGAUGCCAGCUUUCACAGCUGAGCUCACCACCCCUUUCCCAAGGGUUGGGGUACCUGUGAUGUUUGACAAGCUUCUCUAUAAUGGCAGACAGAACUACAAUCCCCAGACGGGCAUCUUUACCUGUGAAAUCCCUGGGAUCUACUACUUUGCCUACCAUGUACACUGCAAAGGGGGGAAUGUUUGGGUGGCUUUAUUCAAGAACAACGAGCCACUUAUGUACACAUAUGAUGAAUACAAGAAAGGCUUCCUGGACCAAGCUUCUGGAAGUGCCGUUAUUCAGCUGAUGCAAGGAGACCGAGUAUAUAUCCAGAUGCCCUCCGAACAAGCAGCAGGACUCUAUGCUGGGCAAUACGUCCACUCAUCUUUUUCAGGAUAUUUAUUGUAUCCCAUGUAAACCAAACACUUGGACAAAACAAAAACUCUUUUUUCUGUGUUUCAAACCUAUACCAUUGAAAAAUGCAUUUAAUGAAUCUUGCUUUAUCUUGUUUUGGACCAACAUGUACAAUCAUUCAAAUAGAAUUACAAUUUUAAAUACAGCUUGUUAUGAAGGAAAAGAAAAUGGCAAGAAGCCUAAUGAGAAAUCUUGUUUGCUCAUGUACACUGAACAUUUUCAGCAUUUGUCUGCUUGAAGAUUAUGCCCUAUUGGAGUUCUCAUGACUUGCUUCCUCAUCUGUUCCUUCUAUUGUUUGUUUACCUGAAAAAUCUGCUAAAAUUGUCCUUCUUUUUAUAAAACACACACACACAAAAUAGAUGUCUGGGUGUUAUACUUAGGAUUUUUUAAAAACUAGAACAAUACUGAUCGUCUAUGAUACUACAAUACAAGCCAAGGUCUGUGAUAUUACAAUAAAAGCCAAAAGAUUAUGCUUUCCCAAAAUCCCAAUUUUCUUUAAUGCCAUGAUUUCUAAGAAAGUUAAGAAAAUUCAAAGUCAAGUAUUAAAUACGAAAAAUAUUGAUACUAAGUCAACUAAAAUCCAAGGAAAAACUCCCUAGUAUUUUUUUUCAGUGAACCAUGAGUCCUCAUUGGAGCUGUCACCGAACACUUCAAUAAGUCACUAGAUAGAUCUGUGAAUUUCAGAUAAAACUUUAGGGCAGAGUGUUUUAUCUGAUGGGAGGCCACUUUAUAUUAGUAUAGGCUCAUUGCUACUACCACACAGCGCGGUCAGUGUACCUCUAGACAUUGAUAUAAGGAAUGGCAAGGUGCAUAACAUUAAGAAGAGUGUAUCUUGAGUUGUGGAUAUAAAAUGAUUGAUCCUAAACAAGCACCAUGUUCAGUCAAAGUCAACAUGCUUUGGUUACUGGUUUGUUAUAGGUUUUUUCGGGCUGUAUGGCCAUGGUCUAGGUUUGGUUAUUUUGGCUUCAAGAAUGAAGAACUACAUGCAUAUAUAUCUCAGUACCAGAAUUGGUCAUACCAUUAGUUUGAGAAAGGUUAUCCCACCUUCCUCCCAAGUGGCAGAUGGUAAGUAGAAAGAGAGCAGCAGUAAAGGUUGGAGGACAAAGCUGGGUGUAUUGCCAACCCUGUCUUUCAUCCUGCUCCCAAAAGUAACCCACUGCACUCCAGCACACUGGAGGAUGCUGUCUGCAGGGCCUCCAUGAAGUGGAAAUGUCUCUUACACUGUAAGCCACCUGAGGUCCCAUGCCAGGAAAAAAGUGAGAUAUAAAUCUAUCUCUACCCAUCUAUCUAACCAUCUAACUAUCUAGCUAUCAUCAUCACAAGCACUGAAGUAAGAACCAGCUUUUCAGUCUGCUUCCUCAAAUAAUAGGUGUAGCUUCUAUUUUGUCCUUUGCCUGACAUGCAACAUGACUUGGAUAAGAAGAGCCUUGUUGGGUUAGACCAGGGAUCCUCAAACUUUUUAAAUAGAGGGCCAGGUCGCAGUCCCUCAAACUGUUGGAGGGCCAGAUUAUAAUUUGAAAAAAACAUGAAUGAAUUCCUAUGCAUGCUGCACAUAUCUAAUUUGUAGUGCAAAAGACACUUAAAAACAAUACAAUAAUUAGAAUGAACAAUUUUAACAAAUAUAAACUUAGUAUUUCAAUGGGAAGUGUGGGCCUGCUUUUGGCUGAUGAGACAGGAUUAUUAUUGUUGUUGUUGUGUGCUUUCAAGUAGUUUCAGACUUAGGUUGACCCUGAGUGAGGGCUGGGUAAAUGACCUUGGAGGGCCGUAUUUGGCCCCCGGGACCCCAGGGGUUUGAGGACCCCUGGAUUAGACUAAAGGUCUAAUUAAUACAGCAUUGUGUUUGAACAAUGGCCAAGAACUAGAAGUCUGUGGGAAAAUUAUAUUAAGGAUCCGAAGGCAAUCAGUCCCUUAUUUUCCCCAGCAACUGAAUCAGUAACCACUAGGAAUAAUUGACUAGGAAUAAUUGAUAACUCCUUUAAAAGCUGAACCACACAUAUUGUUCCAAUCCUGUAGUUUGUUGGACAUUUCACUCUCCAGACUUUUCAGCUCAAUAUCUCCCCACAGAAGGAAGACAUGGGCACCUGCCCUUCUUCCGUUCAGGAAAAAUGGCUUGAGAAAAACCUGUCAGUGGAAAGAACUGAUAGCAUUUGCUCUUGAGCUCAUGUACAUAGAUGACAGUUGUGUGUAUAUGAAAGUAACAAGAUGCUCUGGCCAGUUCGUCUUUCUAUCUGCCUCUCUCUUUCUCUCCCACUGCAAAACUUCUAUUUAGAGUUGCAAGUGGAAAAGCUGUUCUGGUCUCCAAACCUAACAUUAUAGAGCUUGGGAAAGUCCUUUUAAAAAAAAACCUUAAGCGUCCGAGGGGGAAAAGGAAAGGUCCUGAGGCUGUUAGGAAUUGUGGGAGUUGAAGUCCAAAACACCUGCAGGGCCAAAGUUUGCCCAUGCCUGCCAUAGUUGGACUAAAGUUAUUGCACUCAAUGAGCAGAGCAAUUUCAACCAUUUACUCAACUGUGUUCUCUCAAAGCUUUUAGCAGCAUCUGCUGAAAUUAUUUUAAUAAAAUGGUGCUUUUCAACAAUCAUAUCACAGGCAUUAGAUUUAAACAAUACUAGAGGUUUUCAGGACCUCUACAGUUCAGCUCAGUGAUUCUUCAACCCCUCUAUGUCUUUUCUAAAACCUGUAUGUUCAACUGACAAGAGUCUUCGUUCUGAAUUAAUGUGGACUCAGUGAAUCAUUAUGAAUCAAAACUGGCAUUUUUGUUAUUUAAAUACAGAGUUUAAUGCAAUAAAACAUCAGCACAAGUCUGCAUGAGAUGUGAUGUUAGAAAAACCAGAGCUUCUAUAGGUUGUUGAGGAAAAUUGGUACAUUAUAAAUUGGGGUACCUUGGAUCAGAUGCUAAGAUAAAUAUAUGGAAGAGAUGAAAAUAACAAAUAGUUUUGUAUUUAAUUUUUUGUAUUGAUUGGAAAAGAUCUUAUUAAAUAUCUUUUUUAAAUG